CACCUCUUAUCUGCAGGGCCAGCAGCGGCACCUCUCGAAUCUGCCCUCAUCCGUCUCUCUCUUCGCCCUGGAGCAAAAGCAUCGGAGUGAAGCAUCGAUCCGUGAGUUCACAGUUCUUCCUCUUAGUUCUGAUGAUUCCCCUUCACCAAAAUUCGUUCUUUUAUUGAUUUUCCGCAUCAGUAUUGAUCGGAAAGGGCGAUUGGAGUUCAUAUUUGAGCUUGUGGAAUUGUUCUGGAGGAGAUUUUAGUGAUGACGAUGACAAAUGGACAAAUCGAUGUUUUUAAUUUGAAGGGGAAUCGGGUUUUCUUCUCCGGUUCUUCAUUGAAUUCUUGCUCUGGUCACGGGUUUUUGAUUCCAGGGAGACCUGUUUCCAGUAUCACCUUGAAUUCUUUGAGGGUGACCAAAAGUUGGGAUUUUGAUGUGAGAAAACCCAAGCUCAGAGUGGCCAAUGCUUUGGCGAAUGGAGAGAUUGAAGCCCAUUCGACUCCUGGCCGGCUUCUCGAGGACGAGUUUAAGUUUAAUCCCACAUUCAAUGAUUAUGUGAAGGUCAUGGAGUCGGUUAAAAUGGAUAGGAGUCACAAAUUGAUUGGUGAUUUGGAUGAGUAUAGCUCAAAGAAAAGAUCAACAGGGAAGGAUGCCAUGGGAGCAGCUGGUAAUAAAGGAAAGGGGAGGUUGGUUAGAUUGAAGGAGCAACCGCAUAAUGCAGCAGAAGAUAUUGAUCACGAGGAGAAUAAAAAUGGGGAGAAUGCAAACUUGGCUGGAGGGCACAUCGGUCGCAGAACAAGGAAUAAGGAAUCAGAAGAUGUCAGGGUAUCUGUAAAGAAUAAAAAGCGUGUUGUUGUUCAAAGUGGCAGUGGUGGUGGUGGAUGGGGUUUGGUGGAAGGGCUUUUGGAGAAGAAAAAUGUACAAAGAAGUGAUGAUAAGAGUAGAAGUAAGUUAGACGACAAUGGAAGUGGUAAUGAUUCAAAGGAAAAAGGAGAUCAUAGUUUGUUGAGAAAGAUUAAUGGUGAUGCUAUGGAAGCAGGAAAAAAUGGUUCUAACGCUACCAAGAUGCAUGGUAAAAUUUAUGUGCAGCCUGAUAAGUUUGUUCAAGGUGAUACUGAUGACAUUGAUAUUGAGGACAGAGCUGCCUUCAAGACUUUUGAGGUAUUCACUGAUGUCAGAAACAGGCCAAGAGUUUUGCGAAUGGAAAUGGAAGAGAGAAUUCAUGAGCUAGCAAAGAAGUUGAAUGCUACAGAUGUAAAUAUGCCGGAGUGGAAAUUCUCCCACAUGUUGCAUAGUGCAAAAAUCAAAUUCUCAGAUCACUCUAUCUUGAGGGUUGUCCAGAUAUUAGGUGCAUUUGGGAACUGGAAGCGAGUGUUACAAGUUGUUCAAUGGCUUCAAUCGCGUGAAAGAUUCAAGUCGUACAAGAGCAGAUAUAUUUACACAACUGUGCUUAAUGUACUUGGGAAGGCGAAGAAACCUAUUGAGGCACUGAACAUUUUUUAUGCUAUGCGUCAAGAAUUAUCUUCAUAUCCUGACCUUGCAGCUUACCAUUGUAUUGCUGUCACACUUGGGCAAGCGGGUCUCAUGAAAGAAUUAUUUGAUGUCAUUGAUUGCAUGCGUGAUCCCCCAGAGAAGAAGUUUAAGCUGGGUCCUCUCCAGAAGUGGGAUCCUCGGUUGGAACCAGACCUUGUUGUAUACAAUGCUGUUUUAAAUGCUUGCGUUCAGCAGAAGCAAUGGGAAGGAGCAUUCUGGGUGUUGCAGCAGUUGAAGCAGGAGGGUAUAAAGCCUUCAAAUACAACAUAUGGCCUUGUCAUGGAGGUGAUGUUUGCAUGUGGCAAGUACAACUUGGUGCAUGAAUUUUUCAGGAAAGUGAAGAAGUCUUCUAUUCCUGGUGCUUUGAAUUACAAAGUUCUUGUGAAUACUCUAUGGAAAGAAGGGAGAAUAGAUGAAGCUGUGCUAGCAGUAAAGGAUAUGGAAAGACGUGGGGUUGUAGGUUCAGCUAGUCUCUAUUAUGACCUUGCUCGUUGUCUUUGUAGUGCAGGAAGAUGCCAAGAAGCACUACUUCAGAUCAACAAUAUUUGCAAGGUUGCAAAGAAGCCUUUAGUUGUGACAUACACCGGACUGAUUCAAGCCUGUCUGAACUCUGGAAGCAUUGAAAAUGCCAGAUAUAUCUUUAAUCAAAUGCAUAAAUUUUGCUCACCCAACAUUGUAACUUGCAACAUCAUGUUGAAAUCAUAUAUAGAGCAUGACAUGUUUAAAGAAGCAAAGGAUCUGUUUGAGAAGAUUUUGGAUGGCAGCCAUCAUAUUAACAGCAAAACUGAUUUGAGUCACAAGGUUGUUCCAGAUAAGUUUACAUUCAAUACCAUGAUGGAAGCAUGUGCCAAAACAAACAAUUGGCAUGAUUUUGAGAAUGUGUAUCAACAAAUGCUAAAUCAUGGAUACCACUUUGACACGAGAAGACAUCUUCAUAUGGUGCUCGGUGCAUUCAGAGCUGGAAAGGAGCAGGUACUGGAAAUGUCAUGGGAGCACCUGAUUCAUUUUGGUCGUAUACCACCACCUCCUAUCAUCAAAGAAAGGUUUUGCAUAAAAUUGAUGGAAGAUGAACCUAUGGCAGCCAUCUCUUGCAUUGAUGUCCAUCAGGAGAUUGAGAUGGACGCAUUCUCCAAGAAGUCAUGGUUAAAUCUACUCAAGAACAAAUCCAGUUGCUUAAAAAAGAAUACCAUUGUUAGGUUAUCUCAUAAGCUGAAAGACCUUAUUGCUGAAACUGAUCACCCACACCCAGUGUACCACAAUCUUUUGAAUGCUUGUACAGAACUUGAUUCCCAUGUAACGACUUUUGCAGAGUUGCCCAAUGAUCAGUAAAUAUUGCCAUGUAACUUAUAAUCAAAGCUUUAAAAGGAAGAGGUUUCUUGUUGCAA